UUGGCUGCUCAGAGCUGCAGGAGCCCAGACUGCUGAUUUGUUGCAAGAUACCAUAAAGGAAAGCCACUGACACCUGUUUCUUUAGCUGCCAGAGAGUGGGACGUGUGUGCCAGUGACUUUCUGUCGGCUAGCCACAAAGCAAGAGAGACAGCAGUGUGGAAGACGAUGACUCACAUGCUUUUGCUGUACUGCUUCAUGUUUCUUUUGCCCACAGAGUCCUGCAGGACAUUAUGCCAGGUUGCCAACAAAAGCAAAGAGAAGAUGUCUGCCGGGCCACAUGGUGUAUGUGAUGGUGUCUGUGUGGACAAUUCCCACUGCAGCCAACCUUGCCCUCCAGACACUCAGGGAAAUACGGGGUUUUUAUGCAGGCAAAAGAAAUGGCACAAGAUCACUGAAACCUGCCGGACUCUUAAUGCCUUCAACAUCUUUGAGACAAAUUCAUAUUCAGUUCGACCAUUCGGAGGGAAUACUGUAAUAAAAGAAUAUGCCAGAAAGUCUGAGACCAUCACAGACAUGCUGAUGCAAAAGUGUCCGGAGGAUUUGUCCUGUGUACUCAGGAACAUUCGGCAAUCUCCCCGGCUCCCAGGAAACAUCGCUGUCAUUGUGCAGCUCCUACACAACAUAUCCACGGUGCUAUCGACAGGUGUCGACGAAGUGAAGAUGCAGAGUUACAGUAUUAUGGCCAACCACAUUCUCAACAGCAAAAGCAUAUCAAACUGGACCUUCAUCCCUGAAAGAAACAGCAGCUGUGUCCUGCUACACUCGGUCAAUUCCUUUGCAAGAAAGCUAUCUAUAAAUAAGUAUCCCAUUGACAUAUCAGAUGUCUUCAUUCAUACUAUGGGCACCACCAUAUCCCAAGACAAUGCUGGGAAGAAUUUCACUUUUUCAAUGAGAAUUAACGACACAGGCAGUGAGAUCACUGGGCGGGUCCUGAUUGGUAGAGAUGAACUUCAGAAAGUGCCUGCUCCUUCCCGGGCCAUCAGCAUUGCAUUUCCGACUCUUGGGGCCAUCCUAGAAGCCAGUCUUUUGGAGAACGUUACUGUCAAUGGGCUCGUCUUGUCUGUCAUUUUGCCCAAGGAACUUAAAAGAAUCUCAUUGAUUUUUGAAAAGAUCAGCAAGUCGGAGGAGAGGAAAACACAGUGUGUUGGCUGGCACUCCCUGGAGAGCAGAUGGGACCAGCAGGCCUGUCAAAUAAUUCAAGAAAACUCCCAACAAGCUGUUUGCAAAUGCAGGCCAAACAGGUUAUUUACCUCCUUCUCCAUUCUCAUGGCACCCCACAUCUUGGAGAGCCCGAUCCUGACUCAUAUCACGUACAUAGGGCUGGGCAUUUCGAUCUGCAGCUUGGUCCUUUGCUUGGUCAUUGAGGUCUUGGUCUGGGGCCAAGUGACAAAGACAGAGAUCUCAUACUUACGCCAUGUGUGCAUCGCCAACAUCGCUGCCACCUUGCUGAUGGCUGACGUGUGGUUUGUUGUGGCUUCCUUUCUUAGUGGUCCCGUGACACACCACAACGGAUGUGUGGCAGCAACGUUUUUUGUUCAUUUCUUUUACCUUUCUGUGUUUUUCUGGAUGCUGGCCAAGGCACUCCUUAUCCUCUAUGGAAUCAUGAUUGUUUUCCAUACACUGCCCAAAUCGGUUUUGGUGGCUGCUCUCUUUUCAGUCGGCUACGGGUGCCCUUUGCUCAUUGCUGCUAUCACGGUUGCUGCUACCGAGCCCAGCAAAGGCUACCUACGGCCUGAGGCCUGCUGGCUCAACUGGGACAUGACCAAGGCCCUCCUGGCCUUUGUGGUCCCAGCCCUAGCCAUCGUGGUCGUAAACCUGAUCACAGUCACACUGGUGAUUGUCAAGACCCAGCGAGCCACCAUUGGCAGUUCCAUGUUCCAGGAAGUGAGAGCCAUUGUGAGAAUCAGUAAGAAUAUCGCUAUCCUCACACCACUGCUGGGCCUGACGUGGGGAUUCGGGAUAGCCACUGUCAUCGAUGAUAGCAACCUGGCCUUCCACAUCAUCUUCUCCUUGCUCAAUGCGUUCCAGGGCUUCUUCAUCUUGGUGUUUGGAACAAUCCUGGACCCAAAGAUAAGAGAAGCUUUAAAGAGUCGAGUAACUUCUGCAAAAUGGAGCUCCAGACUAUCUGAGAACCUUUCUACUGAUUUCUCCCGUCACCCCACCAAAGCGCCAAGCUAACCAACCUGGCCAUACCCCUAACUUGGGAGGAAUGGCAGAGCACCAGGAAAAAUGUGCUUCUUCCUGUCUUCUUGCCUCUGGGGAGUAUGAAGGAAGCCUCCCAUGGCGCGGUGCUGAUGAAGCGUGUAUGAAGUAUGGGAAGGAUGGAAGGCCGCUCUGUCUAAGCUGUUCUGCACUGCUCAACAUUUCUCUCCAACAACUGUCAACAUGCAUAUAUAUAUAUAUACCAUACGCAUAUGUAUAUAUACCAACAUGCAUAUAUAUAUAUAUAUAUAUA